CGGAGGUCUCUUGGGAAGCCGGUCCAGGACUGCGUCAUGUGACGCGAGCUCUCGCCCCACCCGUCUGCAGCCACUCCCUGUCUCCCGUCCCGAAGCUCGAGAGGGCCACGUGACCCUCCCGGGGCCAGUCACGUGAGGCGCAGAUCCUGGGUGGGAGGGGGGUUGGCCUAGGGGGUCCGGAGUGGCAGGAAAGGAGGAAGAUGGCGGGGUGCAGGGGGUCUGUGUGCUGCUGCUGCAGGUGGUGCUGCUGCUGCGGUGAACGCGAGAGCCGCACGCCCGAGGAGCUGACCAUCCUCGGGGAAACACAGGAAGAGGAGGAUGAGAUCCUUCCAAGGAAAGACUAUGAGAGUCUGGACUAUGACCGCUGCAUCAAUGACCCUUACCUGGAGGUAUUGGAGACCAUGGAUAAUAAGAAAGGGCGAAGAUACGAGGCGGUGAAGUGGAUGGUGGUGUUUGCCAUUGGCGUCUGCACUGGGCUGGUGGGUCUCUUUGUGGACUUCUCCGUGCGGCUCUUCACCCAACUCAAGUUCGGAGUGGUUCAAACCUCGGUGGAGGAAUGCAGUCAGAAAGGCUGCCUUGCCCUGUCCCUCCUUGAACUCCUGGGUUUUAACUUGACCUUUGUCUUCCUGGCAAGUCUUCUUGUCUUGAUAGAGCCAGUGGCAGCAGGUUCUGGAAUCCCUGAGAUCAAGUGCUAUCUGAAUGGUGUGAAGGUGCCAGGAAUUGUCCGGCUCCGGACCCUGCUCUGCAAAGUCUUUGGGGUGCUGUUCAGUGUGGCUGGAGGGCUCUUUGUGGGGAAAGAAGGCCCCAUGAUCCACAGUGGUGCUGUGGUAGGAGCUGGCCUCCCUCAGUUUCAGAGCAUCUCCUUACGGAAGAUCCAGUUCAACUUCCCCUACUUCCGCAGUGACAGAGACAAGCGAGACUUUGUAUCAGCAGGGGCGGCUGCUGGAGUUGCUGCAGCUUUUGGGGCCCCCAUAGGGGGUACCUUGUUCAGUCUGGAGGAGGGCUCGUCUUUCUGGAACCAGGGGCUCACGUGGAAAGUGCUCUUCUGUUCCAUGUCUGCCGCCUUCAUCAACUUCUUCCGUUCUGGGAUUCAGUUUGGAAGUUGGGGCUCCUUCCAGCUGCCCGGAUUGCUGAACUUCGGUGAAUUUAAGUGCUCUGACUCUGAUAAAAAAUGUCAUCUCUGGACAGCUCUGGAUUUGGGUUUCUUCGUCGUGAUGGGGGUCAUUGGGGGCCUCCUGGGAGCCACAUUCAACUGUCUGAACAAGAGGCUUGCAAAGUAUCGUAUGCGCAACGUGCACCCGAAACCUAAGCUCGUCAGAGUCUUAGAGAGCCUCUUGGUGUCCCUGGUGACCACUGUGGUGGUGUUUGUGGCCUCCAUGGUGUUAGGAGAAUGCCGACAGAUGUCUUCUGCGAGUCAAACUGGCAAUGGCUCAUUCCAGCUCCAGGCCACAUCAGAAGAUGUGAAUUCAACCAUCAAGACGUUUUUCUGUCCCAAUGAUACCUACAAUGACAUGGCCACGCUCUUCUUCAACUCCCAGGAGUCUGCCAUCCUGCAGCUUUUCCACCAGGAUGGGACUUUCAGCCCCGUCACCUUGGCCUUAUUCUUCGCCCUCUAUUUCCUGCUGGCGUGCUGGACUUUCGGCACCUCUGUCCCCAGUGGCCUCUUCGUGCCUUCCCUGCUGUGUGGAGCAGCCUUUGGACGUUUAGUUGCCAACAUCUUGAAAAGCUACAUAGGACUGGGCCACAUCUAUUCCGGGACCUUUGCCCUGAUCGGUGCGGCGGCUUUCCUGGGUGGGGUUGUAAGGAUGACCAUCAGUCUCACAGUCAUCCUGAUCGAGUCUACCAAUGAGAUCACAUACGGGCUUCCCAUUAUGAUCACUCUGAUGGUGGCCAAGUGGACCGGAGACUUUUUCAAUAAGGGCAUUUAUGACAUCCACAUCGGCCUGCGAGGUGUGCCUCUUCUGGAGUGGGAGACAGAGGUGGAAAUGGACAAGCUGAGAGCCAGUGACAUCAUGGAGCCCAACCUGACGUACGUCUACCCACACACUCGCAUCCAGUCUCUGGUGAGCAUCCUGCGCACCACUGUCCACCACGCCUUCCCAGUGGUCACAGAGAACCGGGGCAAUGAGAAGGAGUUCAUGAAGGGCAACCAGCUCAUCAGCAACAACAUCAAGUUCAAGAAAUCCAGUAUCCUCACCCGAGCCGGUGAGCAGCGCAAGCGGGGCCAGUCCAUGAAGUCUUACCCUUCCAGCGAGCUUCGAAAUGUGUGCGAUGAGCAUGUGGCCUCAGAGGAGCCGGCAGAGAAGGAGGACCUGCUGCAGCAGAUGCUGGAGAGGAGAUACACUCCCUACCCCAACCUAUACCCUGACCAGUCCCCGAGUGAAGACUGGACCAUGGAGGAGCGCUUCCGCCCGCUGACCUUCCACGGCCUGGUCCUGCGCUCGCAGCUCGUCACCCUGCUCGUCCGAGGCGUGUGCUAUUCCGAAAGUCAGUCUAGUGCCAGCCAGCCACGCCUUUCUUAUGCUGAGAUGGCCGAGGACUAUCCAAGGUAUCCAGACAUACAUGACCUGGAUCUCACACUGCUGAAUCCCCGGAUGAUUGUGGAUGUCACCCCAUAUAUGAACCCUUCACCAUUCACUGUCUCCCCCAACACCCAUGUUUCCCAAGUUUUCAACCUGUUCAGAACCAUGGGCCUGCGCCAUUUGCCAGUGGUGAAUGCAGUGGGAGAGAUCGUGGGGAUCAUCACACGACACAACUUGACGUAUGAGUUCCUGCAGGCCCGGCUUCGGCAGCAUUACCAGACCCUCUGACAGUUGAGCCCGGCUGCCACCUGCCAGCCCAUUCUCCCAGAGAUACCUCUGCAGGGGGCUUGCUCACACACUGGCCCCCACAGCUGGCAUGAAGGCUCCCAGUCACCCACUUGCCCGGAGUCCUGGAAGAUUGGGGUCAGAGGUUUGGGGGAUGUGUUGAGCAGAAAGUUGGGGUCUUACUAACUUUCUCAACAAGAAUUUUCCGUUUCCUGUUCCCCAGGCUCCCCUAGAGACGUCAGGGUGAAAUCAGGCUGGGUCCUGGGUAGGCACUUGGUGUUUCUCUGUUGCUGUUUCUCAGAGAGCCCGGCUGUUGCCCGGACCCUUCUGGGAGGGGUGUGGACGGAGGCAAACAUUGGGAUGUUAUUUGCGUAUCACGUUCAUUACUAAGUUCCGGAAUUGGGCCCUGAGAACUGUUGCCCAUGUUCGGGGAGGCCCAGGAUCAAACCCAGGACCUCAGAUACACUAGAGUUCUCUCCUCUUCAUUGGCCUAUUUCUUCUCAUCUGUUUCCUAGGAGCGAGCACGUGCUCUGCUCUCGCCCUGUGGCCUGAAUCAGACCCACAGAGCACUAAAACCCCAGGUCUCCCCUCGCUGGAAGCGUUCAGUAGCCCCAUUCACCAGUUCCACCUGGUCUCCCGGGAACACAUGCCCUCCAUCCAUCCUCAGUUCAUUCCUCCCCACAACUACUGGACUUUCUAAGCCUUCAUCUCUCGUCCUGGUGGUGCAGCCACAGCUUUGUCUUGGACUCAUUCCCAAAGUUAACCAAAAUUGAGGAGCCCCUAGACAGAACUGCUACCCCAAGCCCUAGUGAAUUUGGAAUCGCUCUACAAGCUGGCAAACAGGCUGCUCUGAGCCAGGGCCAGUCAAAGGUUCGGUUCCUCUCAUGGUCACUGCUCACACCCUGCUCCCAUGCCACCCCCCAGUCAGCUCUCUUACUGAGGACUUGAAGAGGAACUUGUGCAGCUGCUGGUCUCAGGGCUGGGGAGGGAGUGGGAUGCUCUUGUCCCUUGUGCCUCACUGGUUUUUCAUGGCUUCAUUCUCCCCUGGCUGCUGGUCCUCUCUGAGUUGGCAUCUCUGUGAACAUCCAGGUAGAGACAUCAGCACUCAUUUUCCUGCAACCUAGGCCCUGUGGUAGGUGUUCUUUGGAUACCAGGUGACAUUCAUUUGUAUUCCAUGCUGGUUUUUUCUUUUUCUUUUUUCUUUUUUCUUUUCUUUUCUUUUUCUUUUUU